GUUUAUGCUGUGGCACUUAUUCUCACACUCCAGGGCAAAGAUUCAAGAUAAGCAGAUAAGUCUGAAACUACCAUGACACCAAACGGGACUGAACGUCACUGCAAUUUAACUCGCAACCAGAUAACAUUCGUCCUUCCUCCAGUGGUAAUCAUCGAGAUGUUACUUGGUCUGCCUGGCAAUAUCAUGGCAUUAUAUGUUUUUUGCAAAGAUAUGCCAUCCUGGGGGACCAAUGUCACAUUCCUUUUCAACCUAAUUCUGUCCGACUUCCUGCUCCUCCUGAGUCUUCCCUUCCGCAUCGACAACUACUUGCGUGAUGAGACAUGGAUAUUCGGAGACGCCUGGUGUCGGAUCAAUCUAUUCAUGCUGGCCGUCAACCGCUCAGCCAGCAUUGCGUUCAUGACUGCUGUGGCUUUUGACCGCUACUUUAAAGUAGUCCAUCCGCAUCACAAAAUCAAUUACAUGACCUUAAAACAAGCAGCUGGGGUUGCCUGUCUCAUUUGGGCCGUUGUGAUAGCUCUGAGGAUCCCUUUGCUGGCCAACAACCUUCUAAAAACAGACACCAACAACUCCCAUUGCAGAAGUUUCACUGGUGAUAAAGAUCUAUCACCGGGUAUGCUCCUGCAUCAUGGUGUGUUUAUCAUAGAAUUUUUUGUGCCGCUAUUGCUCCUGAUCUUUUGCUCUGGGCGCAUCACCUGCGCCUUACGUUCUCGCCAGUUGGACAAAGGCAAGCGAGGACAAAGGGCUAUCCGGACUGUCCUGGUUAUCGUUGGGGUUUUUAUCUUAUGUUUUUCCCCCAGCAUUGCCACAAUGCUGACUCUCCUCAUUUUAGAAUCACUUGGAGAGAAGUAUUGCAAUGCUUUCAAGCUAACAGCUCAGAUGUUCAGUUUGUCUAUAGCGUUCACGUAUCUGAACAGCGCUCUUGAUCCAGUCAUUUACUGCUUCUCCAGUUCUUUAUUUUGCAAUCAUUUGAAAAAAACUCUUAACCGGACUGGUUUAGUAAAGCAGCAGCUCAACAGACAGGGCAGCAUGACCAGCAGAGCUAAUUUGGAUGUAAUGAUGAGUUAUGGAGAUUGAUUGGGACUGGACAAGACCGCAAAGCAUAUGUCAAUGUUAUAAUACUUCCUUAUUGUUGAACUCCAUUUUAUUCAGUUUUCUCUUCAACACAGAUGAUUCUGUG